CCCAUAACUCCAAGUUUUCCUUAUAAAUAUCCCCCCUCGUAACCCUACACCAACAACCCUUUAUCACUAGUUUUGCCCACUGAAUUUCCUCUUUUAUUCUCUUUAUUUGGAGUUUUUUAUUUGAUUUGCUAAUCCUUGCAUGGCAGUGAGUUUACUUGCACAUGAGGUAUCUGACCUCUGCUUAGGCAAGCCUGCUUUGAGGUCUCUCGCACUCACCACAACAAUAGCUGAAGCUCUAUUUGCUCUUAAAAACUCUGAUGAUAACUUUUUGAGUGUAUGGAAUUGUGAUCACGCAGCAAAGACUAACAACGAUUACAAAGGCAAUUGUGAAGAGGAAGAUUGUGAUGUUUGUGAAUGUAAAUGUGUCGGUAAGGUUUCUAUGGUGGAUGUGGUAUGCUAUCUUUGCAAGGAUGAGAACUUGUUGUUCCCUUCUGAUGCUUUGAAAGCACCUGUUUCUGUUCUCUUGCCUGAGAUUCCUGGAAUGGUUGUCCAUGUGGAACCAACUUCAAGCUUAUUGGAAGCAAUUGAUCUCAUCCUUCAAGGAGCCAAGAAUCUAGUAGUGCCGAUAAAGACCAGGUAUAGUACACGAAGAAAACAGCACCAAAAACUCUCAAUCACCAGCCCCACCAUCCACAAUGGCCGGGAAUUCUGCUGGCUAACACAGGAAGACAUAAUCAGAUUCUUCCUCGGCUCAAUUGGCCUCUUUGCUCCACUUCCAGCUCUCUCCAUUGAUACACUUGGCAUUAUAAGCACUGAAUUUCUUACAAUUGAUUAUCACUCCCCUGCUAUCUCAGAACUUGAAGCCAUUUCUCGCUCUCUAGCAGACGAGACUUCAGUUGCUGUCAUUGACAGUGAUGGCAUAUUGAUUGGGGAGCUCUCUCCAUUCACUCUAGCCUGCUGUGAUGACAGUGUUGCAGCUGCAAUCACUACCCUUUCCUCUGGGGACUUGAUGGCCUACAUUGAUUGUGGAGGACCCCCAGAGGACCUUGUCAAGGUGGUCAUGGCAAGACUUAAAGAGAGAGGCCUAGAAGCAAUGCUUCAAGAAUUCACUAAUUCUAGUUGCUACUCAACUACCAGUUCAUGUCAAUCACAAUCUUCGUCAUCUGAUGAAGAGUCAGCAAGCAGCACCCCAGUCAGUACACUGCAUAGAUCAGGAAAGUAUAGUAGGUCCAUGAGUUAUUCAGCCAGGAUGGUGAGAAGGGCAGAGGCAAUAGUUUGUCAUCCCAAGAGUUCACUUGUUGCAGUGAUGAUUCAAGCAAUUGCUCAUAGAGUAAAUUACGUGUGGGUCAUAGAGGAUGACUGUAGCUUGGUUGGCAUUGUCAGAUUUUAUGAUAUGCUAAAAGUUUUCAGGGAAAGUUUAGAGGAUACGGCCUAAAAAGAUGAGGAGCUUUCUGUGUUAAAUUUUUUUUUUAAUGGCUAUAUCAUCUGCUAGGCUCAAUCCUGAUCAUGGUGAGAUUAGAUUAAGGAAAUAAGUGGUAAGAGAAUUGAGUGAAUUUGAAACACUUUUUGAGAUGAGGACAGUUGGCCUUCGGUUGUAUAACAAAAUGUAUGUGUUUUCUUUUUCUUCGUCUUUUUGUUUCUCUUUUCUACUUUUAAUUAUUGAAGCUGAAGAGCUGGUAUAGGCAGAUUUGACA